ACAUAUUAGGCCAAAAAAUGAUUGCACGCAGAGCUUGCUCCUGAGCUUGAUAGCUAACGUUAGCUGGCUAGUCAGUGGGAAGGGGCGAAGGAAUGCAGCCUGUGUCAGCGGUGAAUUAGGCCCAUCAGCAACCUUGCCAACUCUUCUUUCUUGCGAAACAUGAAGUCAGCUUUAUUUUGGCACAAUUUUGUCCAGUCAAUGUGUACACAGUUGGUUGCUUUAAGUUAAGUAUCAGCUAACUUUAAGUAUUUAGGCGGUUAAAGCGAAUAUUAGACAUUAAAACAAAUGUAGGGUCACUGUAAUGUCCCUUCUUGGCACAGCAGUGCUUUCCAAAUACCAUCGUUUAUCUUAGUUUGUUUGUUUUUGGGCAGCGUUUUGAACUUGGAACAUGUUCUAAAGAAAGGUUUGAAGCACAUUGGCGGUGUGCAAAUGUCCAGAUACACAUGUGGAAAUUGUAAACUUAUUCUAGUCUUAAUUUGAAAGACUCAUUGUGAUUUGUACCAAUACUGCAUUUUAUAAAUUUCUGUGCAUCCUUUUCCUAUGAAUAUUGAGGUAUGAGAGAGAAUUUGAUUUUUUUGGGUUCAGGACAAAUAGAGCAGAGGUGGAAAGAGGUUUAGGUCUUAAGCAUGUUAAUCAGCAAGCAGUGCACUGCUUCUGUGAUGUCAGUAACCCUAUAAUGCUGGGUCUAAAUACCUACAAGGGCAUGAUGGUUUCCUGCUGUGUGCCAACCAGUGAGCACUUAAGGUCUUAUGAGUUUGCUGUCAGGAAUGUGAACACUCACACUUUUCGCUCCAAAGCUGUGAAAGGGAAAGCUCAUUAAAGUUCAGACAGAAAGGGAGGGUGGAUUUGAAUGCUACAGAUGAAUUCAAGGAACAACACGAGGUUGGCGGGUCCUUACCUGGAACACUAGGCUCAUAAUCACGUGACAAUGUCUACAACUCCAUAACUAUGACCAGACUAUCCUCUUUCUGGCUGUCAGUCUCUUACCAUCCUGCUAGUUAGCUUAGUUUAGCCUUAAAUCCAAACAAGGCUUCUUGUGGCGCUAAAAACCAAAUUGGUGAGGCCUGGCUGGUGGUUAGCUCAGUGAGGCAUGAAAGAAACUGUUGUGGAGAAGGUAAUGACUUGACCAAAGUGUGUUGUUGAUCAAUAGUACGCUAAGGCAUAAGUUAUGCCUUUUGAACAUGCCCAAAUAAAAAUACAAGUAUUUUACAAAUAUUUUUACACUGAAUUUGACCUCGAGAUCUGACGCGGCAAUCGUGCAAAUACUACUGAUAGUGUAGGGUCUGCUGUCUUCCUGCUUCCCACAUCAAAGAGUUGUGCUGUUUCAGGGUGAAUGAAAUUCUGAAGUGACUCAUUGUCUAAGCUGAGCGAGUGCAAGUAUUUUUAUUAAACGGGGCAUGCCUAAUCUCAACUGAUGCGUGUGCACGCCUGUGUGUAUGAGAGAUACCGACUCAUCCUACAAACUCUUUGAAGAACAUGUCACUUAGUUUUCUCCGCCCUACAUUCCCCUCACCGUUGCAUUCUAACCAGUCUUUGGCAGAGCUACUGUUUUUGUCGCUGUUUGUCAUGGACACAUUAUCCAGUAUCCUCUAGAUACUUAAGGAUCAGAUUUGUUUGUUGCUCUCUUGAGUGCGGUGACACCCCGCCACCAACACUUCUGCACACAUGCGGGCUUAAUGCUCUCAGUCAGAGCUGUCCAAUUCUACGAAAGGAUCAUAGUAAGCAGGCACAGGAAGAGAGCUAGUGGUUCUGAGGUUCUCACUGUUGCUUUGUCAAUGUCAAAGUUCAGUCAUUUUAAAAUAGGUGUAGUCUUGAGCAAAGGACUGCUUACAUUUGUGUUGUCUGUUAGCUAGAUCAGAGGUGAGGAGAGCAUGCAGAGAGGACGAAGAGUUCGAGUGGUUCCAGGUUACCUUCAACUAUAUAACAUUCGUUGUCAUUUUAAUGUUUUCAGGUGUGCUCUAUUCUUACAAGGAGACAGUCUUGAUACCUCCUGAGACAAAGUGGAGGGCGCAGACUACAGAUGACUAAAGGAAUCAGAAAUAGGAGCUUUGAUUCUGGCGUAAAGCUACUUGUAACCACUUUCUAGGUUUGAAGACUGAAGACUGAAGCUGUUAUUGGGGAGCCUGUCCCUGAGAGGAGAACUAAAACAACAUUGAGCUGUUGUUGGCUGAGCCACUGAGACUAAAUAUCAAGUUUAAUUGAAGCCUAUGGAACGAAAUGGCUACAGAUUUCCUCUCACUCUGCUUUCCUUCCCUUGCCUGAAGAACAUGGAUGCCCUCUUUGAGUCAGGGUAAACCCUUUACACUCUUACCCCCCCCUCCCCCCUUUCUCUUUAGAAGCGGAAGGAGGGGCGGGGGAUAAGCACGGUUCCCCCUACCCCUCCUUAAAACACGGAAAGGAAAUUUCGUGAAAUUGAUCACCUUUUUCUCCUGGAGAUUAACUCGUAGCUCCACCCACUUUUAAACCAGUACCCCCACACCAACCCGGCUCCAUUCCCGCCCUACAUGAAAUCCUGCCAGAGCCUCAAGGAAGACGCAGCUGUCCCUAGACCUGGCGGGAUGUCCCAGGAGGAGGGACGCAGGACGCAGGUGUCUCAGGCCUACUUCCACUCCUCCACCUCAGAUCUGAACCUAUCUAGCAAGCUGUACAAGCGGGAGGGCGGCGGUAAACCUUAUUCCGUGCUAGUGGACAACAAGCUGGCUGCCAAGAUCCCUAUGGGGGACCAGGUCCUUGGUCAGCUGCCCCCUCAGCAUGUGAUGGCCCAGCAGCAGCAGCAGUACUACAGAGAAGGGGCAGCUGGGCAGGAGGGAGGUCCGCAGGGGACCCGGGCAGGCAACAGAGGCCCCUCCGAGGACUCUGACGAGGAUGAGGAAGAAGACGAGGACGAAGAGGGCGUGGAUGGUGAGGAGGGGGCUUUCAAGCGUGAGCAGAUCAUUGUCGAGGUCAAUCUGAACAAUCAGACACUCCAUGUGUCGAAGGGGGACAACAAAUCAACUCCGCCGGUCGAUGCCUCAGAGAGACAUGAUAGCGAGGAGGAGGAUGACGAGGAGGAAGAAAGUAUGGAUGAAGAGGAUGAGGAGGAAGAAGAGGAUGAAGAAGAAGAAGAAAUAGAAAGUCGAAGAACGAGAGCCAAGAGAGCGUGUCGCGGGGCUGGCAGCGCCACGCCUCCAAGUCAGCCGCGAAGGAAGAGCCUGCGAACGGCAAUGAACAGCGUCCCGUCCGGGAUGACCACCAGGGGGCGACGGAAGCGGGCUGAGCCCCCGAAGAGGAGGCGCAGGUCUGCCAGGGAGGCCAAAGCAGCUCCGUCAUCUGCCACGGCCGGCUCGGCCGCCGGAGGAGUCAAAGGAGACGGGGAGGAGAGGGAGUCGCUGGCGUGUGAGAAGUGUCCUCGCGUGUUCAACACACGCUGGUACCUGGAGAAGCACAUGAACGUAACACACAGACGCAUGCAGAUCUGUGACAAGUGUGGCAAGAAGUUUGUCCUGGAGAGUGAACUGGCCUUGCACCAACAGACUGACUGUGAGAAGAACAUCCAGUGUGUCUCUUGCAACAAGUCCUUCAAAAAAUUGUGGUCUCUUCACGAGCACAUAAAGAUUGUGCAUGGCUACGCUGAGAAGAAGUUUGCCUGUGAGAUUUGUGAGAAAAAAUUCUACACCAUGGCUCAUGUCCGCAAGCACAUGGUCGCCCACACAAAGGACAUGCCAUUUACCUGUGAAACGUGUGGGAAGUCGUUUAAGCGCAGCAUGUCACUGAAGGUGCACUCACUCCAACACUCUGGAGAGAAGCCCUUCCGCUGUGAGAACUGUGAUGAGAGGUUCCAGUACAAGUACCAGCUGCGUUCCCAUAUGAGCAUCCACAUCGGACACAAGCAGUUCAUGUGCCAGUGGUGUGGCAAGGACUUCAACAUGAAACAGUACUUUGACGAGCACAUGAAAACACACACAGGAGAGAAGCCUUUCAUCUGUGAGAUCUGCGGGAAGAGCUUCACCAGCCGGCCCAACAUGAAGCGCCACCGCCGCACCCACACGGGAGAGAAACCCUACCCCUGCGAGGUGUGCGGCCAACGCUUCCGCUUCUCCAACAUGCUUAAGGCCCACAAAGAGAAGUGCUUCCGGGUGACCAGCCCUGUGUCCCUCCAGUCCAGCGGUCUCCCACUGCCUCUCCACCUUACUGCCAACGCCCCUUGCUCCUCUGGGCCUGGCUCCAGCCUGGUCCCACCGGCAGCCACCCCUGCCCCCACCACCUCCUCCUCUCUGAGCCUCAACCCCUCCGGAGGGGCUCUUCCUCCCCGUGGCCCCGUGGGACAUACGUUUUCCCACCUCCAAUCGCCUCCCUCUCACCAUCACCCGCAUCACCACGCGGCCCAGCACCAUCCCAACGCGACGCAGCACGCUCCCCCGCACCAUCACCUGUCUGUGCAGACCGUCUCCCACCUGCCCCCUCCCCCAGCACUCUUUAAGAGCGAGCCCCUCAACCACUGUGGGCACAAGGACAGUAGCUACCUGCGCCACAUGGCCCCCUCUGAUGAGGCUCCUGGAGGCGCCCAGCACCACUGAACCCUCAACAGGAUUAUCAUUCCACACCUCAGCCUGACUGCGCCUACCUGGUCCUGUUUCAACUUUUACCUGGAAUGCAUGUGUAAAGGGGCCCCUUUAAAGACUAAAAACAACACCGUAGUGUGUUUAAAAAAAAAAAAGAAAGAUGGACCUCUACAUUUAAAAUGUGUGUGUGUGUGUGUAUCCCCAGUCAAACACCAAUUUUACAACCUCUUGCUAAAAAAUUGUUCUAAGGAAACAAUGUUGGUAGACAACCCACAGAAGAUUAUGUAUUUGUAGAAAACCUGCCUUUUCUGGUCGGGUGUAUAUGUAUAAUGUGGGUUUCCUCUUUUUCAUAUGUGAUCGUGUACAGUGUAUGCUCUUCAUUGAUGGCUGCUGAUGUUGUUCCUCAACAAUUAAAUCAACCAAGUUAGUGGAUCAGAAUAGGUCCAUUUCAUCACCUUUCAGUUCUCAUAGUAAUUUACUUUUUGUUGUAUUUUUCUCCUCACAUUUCCAAGGUAGGACUGUGGGCCCUGGUUGUUCAGGUUCUGUCUGACACAGUGCUCCUUCAUGUCCCUUACGGCAUUCCUCCCAGGAUCAACAGCAGUGUAGGGCACAAGCCAAGGUCAUAGGUCACUGGGGGGGGGGGCGCGCUAUCUUGUUCAAAGCGUUAGCUAAGACCUGGUAAGGGUCUGCUUCAGUCUGAAGGCUAAUUGCUGCGCUCCAUUACAGGACGAUACAGUUGUCUAGUUUCAGUUUACGUUUCUGUGGCUUUCACACAGUACCACAUACAAUAUUACUGCUCUCUGGCUGUUCUUUGACUUUCCCUUUUGAUUAGUGCCAUCCAGUCCUGCUUCUGGAGAUCCACCCUCCUGUAGGUUUUCUACAAACGGUUGUAACUAUUAACAAUAAACGGUUGUAACAAACAUGAUUCCGAUGGUCACCUAGCUAAUUCAUAGACUUGGAUGUGCUGGAUUAGGGCUGGAACGAGAACCUAUGGAGCGGUAGCUCUCAAGGAGUAGGGUUGGGCCGCCCUGGGUGAGAGCUUCUUCUCUUGUCAGUGUAAAGGUUCAAUAAUGACACUGUGAUGACUUGGAUGCACUUGAUGACCCUACCUGGCUCUCCCCCUACCUGGCUCCUCGGUUUCACUCAGUCUCUGUAUCUCUCAUUGCUGCUGCCGUGAUAAUACGGGUCACCAUGGAAAAGGUCAUAAAACACCGUGCAGUAUAUAGGGGUUUUGCUCCAUUAUAAAAAAUAAAAUUGAUAUACCCAGUUUAUAUCUUUAGUGUGGUAUAAAGUAGGGCGCUUUGUAAGACAAACUUCUUUUCCUUUCUCUCAUACAGUUAUCCACUUUGGGAUGUAUCAAAAACUUGGGACAGAGAGAUUAGUCAACUUGUUGAAUGUUCCCUACAUGUUAGAUAUGGCUAACUGUUCAAUCACACCUUUUCAACAAUAUAUUCUGGAAAUUUGAUAUAUGGUAAAUAAUUCUCAUCCCUCUGUACUUACUAUGUCAUAGAUAAUGGGGUCAGGAGGGGAGGGGGGGGCGACUAUAUAACCCUAGCAAAUCUAUGUUUCUUGUAUAGGUAUAUGUAUAUUUACCCAAAUUGUCAAAAGAAAUCACAUCUGUAAAUGUAACUCUUUUUUUAAUUUUUUUUGUGUGAAUGUCUUGUAAGGUGUUCUGGUAGAGGAGAUAUGGGUUGUAAGUAUUCUUGAUGGAUUGUUCAGUUGGGUUAUUGCUCUCGCCCUAAUCCAAUCUAGGACUGUUAUCAGUUUGAGUGUUAAGGAACAACAUUGAGCCUUGUUCUAAUGAGUGUGUGUGUGUGUGUGCGCGCUAGCAACCGCGUGUGUGUGUUAGUAAGUCCUCUGGUGCUCUUGUAUCAAAAGCUGCUUUUUAAGUGAUCUGACCCAUUCUUUAUACGUAUGGGGAUUCUAGAUAUGGAUGAUUGCAGUAACUUUAGCGUGUCCCACUAACCAUCUUGAGUUGAGGGAACUUGGACCUUAAAUUGAGUUAUUUAAAGGUCCCAUGACAUGCUGUUUUUCGAUGCUUUUAUAUUGGCCUUAGUUGUCACCUAAUACUGUAUCUGAAGUCUCUUUCCCGAAAUUCAGCAUUGGUGCAGAAUUACAGCCACUACAAGCAGUCCCACAAUGAGCUUCUUUAGGAUGUGCCAUUUCUGUGCCUGUAGCUUUAAAUUAGCUAUGAGGAGAGAGGCGGGGCUAACUGCUAUGCUUCGGUCGUUUGCAAGCCGUGAUGUCUCGGAGAAAAACCAAUAUCGCGCUUGCACAGUCGUAGCUAAUUUUCUCAUAGGCGGGCCAAAUUCUCUGGGCGGGCAAAGCAGAGAAAGGGGAGGUAACCUUUCCCCUUAUGACAACAUAAAGGGAAAAUUCCAGAUCGGCCCAUCUGAGCUUUCAUUUUCUCAAAGGCGGAGCAGUAUACCCAGGGCUUGGUUUACACCUAUUGCAAUUUCUAGCCACUGGGGGACCAUAGGCAGGCUAGGGGAACUCACAUUAAUGUUAAAAAACCUAAUCUAGUGAAAUUGUCAUGCCAUGGGACCUUUAUUUAAGGCAGCACAGGCACGGAAAACCCUCCUGUUGAGUCGUAUAGAACUCAACGGUGUCCGCUUCAUCUGUAGCCCUCUUGUUCACUACUGUGCUUUGAAUGUUUCAGUAUCAGAGUCUUUCGGUCUUUUUCAAUGCCUUUUUUUUUGUUUGUGUAUCCUCUGCACUUUACUGCUGUGUUAGUGAGGCGUGGUGAAGGGGGGGACUGACAGUGUGUUGUGGGUGUGUUUUUGGGGCAAGGGGUGCUUGUGAUUGGUUUAGUGAGCGGCUGUUUGUGGCAAGGAAAAGGAGGAGAAUCGAGGUGGGGAUGGGCAUGAGACAGACAUUUCUUCGUUUUGUUCUUCUUCAUCAACUAAAGAAAUAUACUUUAGCCCUAAUAUGGACCCCACUGAGCGAUGGAAUCCUUCUGCUUUGGUUAUUUACACUAGCACCUCCCUCUCACUUUAAUCAAAGCAAUCUUUUAUUGGUUGGGUUUGCUCAUAUCGAGUUAUUUGUUGUGUAUUGUUUUCUCUUUCAAUUUACUGUAUGAUUCUCCUCCUUUAUUCUUUGUUGUAUAGAAUGCACUUUCUACUAAAAUCUUACUCGUUAAGAGAAAUAAUAUUGUAUAUUCUUUAAAGAAGUUUUAAAUAAUCAAUAUACUUUCCCCCUUGUAUUUUUAACCACUUAAUGUAGCAUUGAGUAUUUUAUUAUUGUGAGUGUCUGGUACAAAAUUGUGCAGCUUAAUAAUGUCUUGGGUUGUCCUUUUUGUAUGUUUGUUUCUGGAGUUAAAGGAGGAGUGGAAUUGUUGGGCCUUUUUUGAUAAUGUACAUUUAACAGACUCUCAGCUAACUUUCAGAAGUAAAAACAAGUAGCCAUGAUUAUCACA